AUGACACAAAGAACUGAGAACUUUUUUUCCUUUGGACACAAGUGUGUGUCUCUUUUCCCUGGAACAGAAGCUCAUUCCCUGUCCCAUCUGUGUGACGGCUGCAGCCUGUGUGCAGGAUGUCGGUUACAACAGGGCUUCUGCUCUUCCUGUCACAGUCUGCAAGGCUCCAUCCUUAUGCAGGUUCUUUACCAGCUGAGCCGUCGGGGAAGCCCACUGAGUAUAUCAACAAUACAGAAACCUGGAGAAGGAACUUUCCUGAGGAGGGAGGAGCCAGUUCAGAGGCCCGGGGCAGCGGCAUGA